AUGGAAUUGCUAGUUCAGAAACACUUAAAGUUUAUCGGACGCCACCUAACACUCCUUCCAUCUUUCCAUCAGAGGCAUGAUCCUAACAAGAUUGCAAUCGUAUACUAUUCUAUUGUGGGAAGUAAUUGCCUUGGUCAGGAUAUAAUUUCAAAAUACGGUGGCAGUACAACAUGGUUGACUACUCUUUACAAAUCUUUGGCUUUAAGCGAUGGGACCAGAAUUUCAGGAUUUUUGGGUAGCGGUACAAUGGACGUUGGGCUUAUUCCUACAAUCCACUUACCGAGCAGCCUGUUUGCAAUCCUUGUACUAUUGUCCCUUAAUGCUCAUGAAUUCUUCGACUCCACCCUUGAUAAAGAAUCAUUGUGUAAUUUCAUUGGGAAAUGUCAAUUGAGUAAUGGUUCAUUCGUGUCUACGUUGGAUGUUAAGAAUGAUGGGUCUACAUCUGCAACAGAUUCGAAUGAUCUAAGAUACUGCUACAUUGCAUUAUCCCUACUUACAAUCAUGGGUUGCAAAACACAAGGAGACUUCGGGAAAUAUAUUUGCGUUGAGAAACUGCUACAAUUUAUAGAGACUAAACGUUGCACAGGAGGUGCGUUUGGAGACUACAAUGAACCUCAUGCUGGCUAUACUAACUGCGCCCUGUCUUCGUUGAAGUUGUUAGACAAGCUAGAUAUUUUAAGUGAUGCCUUCAAACACGAUACAAUCGAUUGGCUUGUACAUAGGCAGGUGUCCAUUUUUGAUAAAGUCCCAUUGCCUGAAGAUAGCGAGAAUUAUUUUGCAGAAGAUCAUGGCGGUUUUCAAGGCAGGGAGAACAAAUAUGCUGAUACAUGCUACGCCUUCUGGUGCUUAAACUCAUUGAAUAUUUUAGAAUCCAUGUCACUUGUCGAUAACCUAAAAUUGAAAGAAUAUCUUUUAUUCAAAACUCAGAAUAUGCUAAUUGGUGGUUUUGCCAAGAAUAAUGAGGACGACCCUGACAUCUACCAUACUUUCCUUGGAAUUGCAGCAUUGAGCUUAAUUGAUGGCACAUUCGAUGGUAUAUUAUGCAUUACUGAAGAAGUGCGUAAACACUGGUUCGGUUAA